ACAUCCAGGAUGCAAUACCAUAAAAUGGUAGAACUUUUGGAGGGUGUUCCGGACAUCGCUAGGGCCAUGUUCAAGGGAGACCAAACUAAAUUCUGGGAAGAUAUGGCCGAGCAUCUUAAUGCUCUUGGACCGCCGAUUAGAUCGGGCGCAACGUGGAAACGGGUAUGGUUCGACUAUAAGUGCGCGGUAAAAAAGAAGCUGCGUGCAAAUAAAGCGUCGUUGUUGGCGACAGGUGGCGGCAAAUUCCAAGAGAAACCGCUAAACGACGUAGAAGAGAGAGUAGCCAACCUUACCAAUCUCAAUGCAACUGUAGAAGGCAACUCGGCCCGUUCAUUUGGCAUAAUACCAGCCCCCAGCAUCGACCAAGCCUUCGAUAACAGUAGCGAGCAACAACAAACGAACACCGAGGAACAACCCGAGGAGCAGAUCGCGACAGUGCCCCAAGCUAAAAAAAGACGCAUCAAGCGUAAAAAUACGGAAGAAGUGCUGCGUCAAAAUCAGGAGCUACUUAACCUGAUAAAAAUCCAAAUAGAGGUGCAGAAAGAAUCAACGGUAGCAUUGAAAGAAGCUACUAUAGCUUCUAAGGCUCAAAUUGAGGCACAACAACAAUCAACGGCAGCAUUAAAAGAAGCGACUAAAGCUUUUAACGCGGCGCUAGCAAACAGGGACUAA